CCUGCUACAGCGCUUACUGCAUCAAGAACGCCCUCAACCCUCCCGCACAACAUUUUCCUAAGCCUCCAGACCAGCCCAGGUAAAUUGCAACUCUUCGUUAGCGACUGCAAACAAUAGAUCUCUAAUCGUGAGCAUCCCUCGCUUUUCUUUUGAAGACUACAAUAACUUGAUAAGAAGAUAACGACGAUUGAGAUCUGAGAAAGCAUCAUGGCAUCCUCAAAACACCCCACUACCCAAUACGCCUCUGACAAAUUUGUCGAAUCUUGCGGCGCCAUACUAUUCGAUUUCGCAGAACGCAAGGUCUGCUUGGUCAAAUACAUCCCAACGAACGAAUGGUUGUUGCCUAAGGGCCGACGCAAUUGCGGCGAAGCUCGGGAGACGGCGGCGUUGAGGGAAGUGUUUGAGGAGACAGGAUAUAGAUGCAUUCUUCACCCGGUCACUAUGUCGACUCGCGCUCCACCGAAGGAUGAAAAGGGAGAUGUGGCAGAUGAAGCUCGAAUCGUCCCUAACCUUACUGAACCUUUCAUGUGCACAACUCGACUUUUGGGGGAAUUCAACAUAAAAUUCAUUUGGUGGUACAUCGCUGCACUUGACAAGAACGGUACAACCAAAUCUGAUGGAGAGGCCAAUUUCAUACCGGAGUUUUAUUCCUGGGAGGAAGCCCUAAAAACGAUCACGUUCGAAGACGACCGGCGCAUUCUAGAGAGAGCUAUUGAGUUGGUAAAUGUGAACCUUGCUGUUGGAGAUAUGCCCCUAGAAUAGGAC